CAAGUCUUGAGUCAACUUUCUCCUUAAUCAGUCAGAGUCUUCUUCGAUCUGCUUGGUAGAGUCGAGAGAGAGAGAGAGAGAAGAAGCAUUGAAGGAAGGCUGUUGUUCGAGCUCACGAAGAUGUUUGACGACCAAGACCUGGGCUUCUUUGCCAAUUUUCUGGGGAUUUUCAUCUUCAUAAUGGUCAUUGCAUACCAUUUCGUGGUGGCCGAACCAAAAUUCGAAUGAAUUUUUAAGGUUUCAUCUUUUGUUGUCUUUAGCAUUCCAUAGGGCUUGAUGUUUUGCUACUAGAUGAGUAAUCAAAUGUAUUUCGACAAUGUGGUUUUUGAUGGAUAUAAGACUAAUCUUUCCUAGUGCUUCCAUCA